UUAACUAAACUAAAGUAAACUAACAGGUUGCUUUAAAGGAACUCCUUACUUCACAGGUCACACUCUCUGUCCGUCACAUUGUUUAUUUACUUUAUUCUCUUCUUUACUUUUUGUUUGUUUCAGUGUUGCCAUGGCAACGGAGUCAACAACAGUGACAGCCACGUAUCUAUGCAUUCAGCAGGAGACGAAAACAUCUUACAGCUCAAUAUGGAGGAACUACAUCUUUAUCUUCUCCUGGUAACAACUGCGUCCAGGUGAGUCAUCCUGCAGGUCGUCAUGGCGACUGCUGCGUCUGCUCCAGGUGAGGAUGAGGUGAAGCUGAAGAAGAAGAGGAAGAAGAGGAUGAAGGACAUCGAGGAGUUAACGUCUGCGGGACACAGAGCUCUGCAGGACGGACGCUCUGAAGACGCUCUGAGCUGCUUCAACAGCGCUCUGAAGGCUGCAGCACAGCUGCAGGACUCCCGAGUUCUCGGGGCCUGCUCCUUUAACCUCGGCGCCGCCUACGUGGAGGCGGAGCAGCCGGAGAAAGGUUUGGUCUUCCUGCGUCAGGCUCAGCCCGGGCCGAAGGCUGACCGGCUCCCGGACCUGCAGUUCAACCUGGCCCUGGCCCACAAUGCACUGGGGCAGAGACGAGAGGCUGCCGCCUACUUCCUGCAGGCCGCUCAACUGUACCGAUCUCAGGGAGACGGACGCAGCGAGGGAGACGCCUGCAUGGAGAUGAGCCGCUGCUACAGCACAGACAAGGACUGGCGUCUUGCCUCUCAGAGUCUCCUACGCGCUGCAGAGAGCUACAGAGUGGCGGCCAUGUUGGAUUCUGCAGCCGCUGCCCUCAAAGAGGCGGCAAGUCACAUGAUCCAAUCAGAUCAGUUCAGCCGUGAUGACAUCAUCAGCGUGCUGACAGAGUGUCUGAGUUUGACAGACAGCAUCACUGACCCAAGGAUUCUGGGUGAGCUGUACCUGUGCGUGGGCGUGUCUUACUGCCGGCUGCGGUGUUUCCAGGAGGCCGUGGCGUGCCUGCAGCGAGCCCUGAGCCCUGCAGCUCAGCAGCCCCCCCUGCUGGCCAGAGUGCUGCACAACCUGGGAGCCGCCCUGAACUCGGCCGGCCGCUUCCCCGCCGCCGUGGGCUACCACCGGCUGGCUGCCGGGCUCUACGGCUCCCUGGGUUGCCGUGGGGACCAGGCCCGUUGCUUCAGUAACUUGGCGUUUGCCUGCAGUCAGCUGGGAGACGAAGAGGAGGCAGCAGAGAGCUUCAUCCACGCUCUGCAGGGCUUCAGAGACACCGAGGACCACCUGUCUGAGGUUCAGGUGUGUGAGUCGUUAGCAGAGUGUUACCUGAAGCAGAGGAAGCAGCAGAAAGCUGUUCAGCUCUACAAACAGGCUCUGACGGCCCUGUCUCACUGCCAGGACAGUUCUGGUUCAGUUCGGGACCGUCUGGUGGAGCGUCUGACUGCAGCUCUGCAGCACGAUCUGCAGAGGCCACGCCCACUCAGACCACCUGUCAGGAGGAGUGACAUCACUCAGAGUCCAGGCUCAGCGUCCAAUCAGCAGCCAGAAGAUCAGAGGGGGGCGGGGCCAGGAUCACAGCUGGAGGCCGCAGGCAGACAGGAAGCAGCAGAGCAUUGUGGGUCAGCAGGAGGCGGAGCCACUGAGGAACCUGAAUACAUGAGCAUGGUACCUGGACUACACAGGUCAGAGCGGUCGGAGGAGCUGCAGAGCAGUGAGCUGUGUUCUGACAGAGAGAACACUGACAGUGACACCUCAUUGGUUCAGGAGGCAGAGGCCCCGCCCACCAGCCCAGGUGACAUCAGAGAGGCCCCGCCCCCUGCAGCCAGGUGGAGGUCUCGGUUCUGUUCCCUGAUGUAGAGAGACAAACAAUGUUCAACAGCCGUCCAAUCACAGUAGAGGAGGGGCGGGACAAAGAACAACCAUCAACAACAAUGGAUGACAACGUAUAUUAGUGUCCUGUCUACCUGCGGCAGGCUGCAGCCUUCCUUCAUCCAGAGAAAGCUCUGGAACAU